GGGAGCCCGGAGCCCGGCCCUGCGCUCGGCUCGGCUCGCCUCGCGGCGGGCGCCCUCGUCGCCAGCGGCGCACCAUGGACGGGCUGCCCGGUCGGGCGCUGGGGGCCGCCUGCCUUUUGCUGCUGGCGGCCGGCUGGCUGGGGCCCGAGGCCUGGGGCUCGCCCACGCCCCCUCCGUCGCCUGCCGCGCCGCCACCGCCCCCGCCGCCCGGAGCCCCCGGCGGCUCGCAGGACACCUGCACGUCGUGCGGCGGCUUCCGGCGGCCGGAGGAGCUGGGCCGGGUAGACGGGGACUUCCUGGAGGCGGUGAAGCGGCACAUCUUGAGCCGCCUGCAGAUGCGGGGCCGGCCCAACAUCACGCAUGCCGUGCCCAAGGCCGCCAUGGUCACGGCCCUGCGCAAGCUGCACGCGGGCAAGGUGCGCGAAGACGGCCGUGUGGAGAUCCCGCACCUCGACGGCCACGCCAGCCCGGGCGCAGACGGCCAGGAGCGCGUCUCGGAGAUCAUCAGCUUCGCGGAGACAGAUGGCCUCGCCUCCUCCCGGGUCCGUCUGUACUUCUUCAUCUCCAAUGAAGGCAACCAGAACCUCUUUGUGGUGCAGGCCAGCCUGUGGCUCUACCUGAAGCUCCUGCCCUAUGUCCUGGAGAAGGGCAGCCGGAGGAAGGUGCGGGUCAAGGUAUACUUCCAGGAGCAGGGCCACGGCGACCAGUGGGACGUGGUAGAGAAGAAGGUGGACCUCAAGCGCAGCGGCUGGCACACUUUCCCACUCACCGAGGCCAUCCAGGCCUUGUUCGAGCGCGGCGAGCGGCGGCUCAACCUGGACGUGCAGUGCGACGGCUGCCCGGAGCUGGCCGUGGUGCCCGUGUUUGUGGACCCGGGUGAGGAGUCCCACCGGCCCUUCGUGGUGGUGCAGGCCCGGCUGGGAGACAGCAGGCACCGCAUCCGCAAGCGGGGCCUGGAGUGCGAUGGCCGGACCAACCUCUGUUGCAGGCAACAGUUCUUCAUCGACUUCCGCCUCAUCGGCUGGAACGACUGGAUCAUUGCGCCCACCGGCUACUACGGGAACUACUGUGAGGGCAGCUGCCCGGCCUACCUGGCAGGGGUCCCUGGCUCCGCCUCGUCCUUCCACACGGCGGUGGUGAACCAGUACCGCAUGCGGGGCCUCAACCCUGGCACGGUGAACUCCUGCUGCAUCCCCACUAAGCUGAGCACCAUGUCCAUGCUCUACUUCGACGACGAGUACAACAUCGUCAAGCGGGACGUGCCCAACAUGAUCGUGGAGGAGUGCGGCUGCGCCUGACCGCGGCAGGGCUGCGGCGGUGGGGGGAGGGGGUG